UGGCAUUUCUGCAUUAGCUGGAGUGUGUCGAGGGAGAUCGUGGGAUCGUUGCUGUUACGUGCUUAUUUUCCUGUGUAGCUUUGUUCGGGUUUUUGUUCGCUAUGGCGGUUUCUCUAGUUGCGGGGGGCCAUGUUGGUGGUCGCGUAGUCAUGGCUUUCGAGAUGCGUGAUCUUCGAGACUUCCGCAUGGGUCGUGAGUUUACGUUCACAGGAGCAGUUUCAUGGCACGAGAUUCGUCAUUACGAGAUCGAUGCGCGGGGGGAGUUGUCCUUGCAUCUAGUGGUUGGGUUGGGCUAUGACGGGGAGUAUUUGCGUGACGUCAUUGUGUACGUGACGAAGGUGCACAAUAAUGUUCCAGAUCGCCACGUUGGUGCCGGCGUGGACAUCGUCGAGUGUAUGGUGUCUGGGUACAUGGGUGUGGAUAAGGGGUUAUAUUCGCCCGGGGCGGAGGCAGGGAUGGUGGUGGGGAGGUUGCUAUGGGUGUCUGGGAAAUCCGAGGUUAUGGUUAAUUAUGGCGGAGGGGGGGUCGUGGGGAUAUUGAUAGGAGUGCAUCGUAGCAGGUCGAGGGUGUUUAAUCAGGAUUACAAGUCUAAAGGUCGCGUGUUUGGUGCGCUAGGCACAUGCUUUGGCCGGAAGGGUUGGGGUUAGUGUGUGUAUUUUUGUGAUUAUAGCUCAGAUAUGGGGUCUGUAGCAGAUGGUCUGCGUACCGUUGGCUAGGCGGGAAUUCU